GACCGGGCCGGUCGACCACAGUGUUUUGUUUUCAACAGCUGUCGAAAUAACUGGCCCAAAUUUCGUGACGCUCAUUCGCUUUCCCGUUUAACUUUCCCGACUUCCUAUUCCAUCCCGCACACAAUCUGGCUUCCCGGGACCACUUAUAAUACGCCGUUUGUCGGUUCGACAGCUGUUUGCGAGGCGGUGGGGAAGCUGAUCCGAGGUGCGCGGGCGAGUGUGUGCGUGUGUGUGCAACAAUUGCGUCGAAUGUGCUUUGGCUGUGCACUUCCGCGGUGGUGAUCGUGUUCCGCAGCCAAGCCAAUCACGGUGCGUAAGAGUGAGCGAGACGAAGCGAUACGCCCACCCCACGCAGGAACGCCAGUUGGGGGUUUGGUAGUUAAAAGGCUUGCAGCACCGCGCACCGCAUUACACCACCGUCGGGUACGGUUUACAUCAUCUCUCUCACUCGCGCGCGACACGUUCCGGGUUGACAUGAACCAGGCAUGCAAGCAGCUUGGCAAGCGGCAAACGGCGGACAGUGGCAACGGUUUCCGUCCGAAGAAGUUCCGGCCGGACCAGCAGGUACCGACGAUCGACGAUGGGCAGGGCACGGGGAUCGCGGACGGUGCCGCACCGGAUGGUGGUGCGGUAUUGCUCGAUUGUGAAAUCCCUCGCUACGGUACACUGGUGGAACGGAAGCGUUGCCGGAAGGCGGGUGACUUUGUGCUCGGGUACGAGCUGGGCACGAGUCCGGGUGUGCCACAGACGCAGUAUCUGGCCCGCAAACAGGGCACCAAUGAGUUCUAUCUGCUGAAGAUACUCAGCUUCGAUCCGGAGACGGAAAUAGUGGACAAAGAAACGCUGCAGGGCAAGGUGCUGCUGCACAACGAGUUCACGCUGCUCUCGAUGCUGGACGAUCUGGACGGUGUGAUUCAUCAGCACGGAUUUUUCAGCGAUUACGCGUUCGAGGAGCGUCAGAUCGAGCGGGGCAACGAUGGAACGGUGCAAUCGAUCUACACCGGCCGCAUCCGCCGUCGGUUGAUACUCGUGCUGGAUUGUGUUCAUGCGCACGAAUUCUGUGACGAAUCGUCCGCGUACAUUAGCCUGCAGCGUCACAUCUCGGUAACGCGGCUUAGCGAACGGAGAGCGCUGGGGCUGUUCUACGAGGUAGUGAAGGUGGUCGAACAGCUGCACGCCCGCAACAUCAUCCACCGAGACCUUAAGCUGAACAACAUUGUGCUCGACCGGCGUACGGGGCGCAUCGUGCUGACCAACUUUUUCCUCGGCAAGCAUCUCAUGAACGAGCAGGAAUGUUUGUUCGAUCAGCGCGGCAGUCCGGCGUACAUUUCGCCCGACGUGCUGGGUGGUAAGCCGUACCGGGGCAAACCGUCCGACAUGUGGGCGCUCGGCGUCAUCCUGUACACGAUCGUGUACGGCAAGUUUCCGUUUCUGGACACUACGCCGUCAGCACUGUUCCGGAAGAUUCGUGAGGCGGAUUACACCAUUCCGAGCGGUUUCAACACGACGCAAGAGACAAAAAAUCUCAUCAAAAGUAUGCUGACCCUGAACCCGGACGAUCGCUUGACGGCUUGGGAGGUACGCACCGAGCUGGAACAGAUCCUGCGUCGGUUCCGACGGCCACGCCCUAACUGUGAUCAACUCGUGCCGGAACUGGUGGAGCCUUCGCUUGCGGCCGACAAGCUCGCACCAGCUGAUCAAUCGACGCCGACUGGCAAGGCAACCGUCGAACCGACGGGCGUGGACCCGAUCGUAAACGUGUCGGUAAAGACGAUCGUCAACCCUUCGCCCAGGUUCGAUCUGAGCACGGAACCAUUUUCCCGCACCCUUGAAUCGACGGUAAAUCAGCGCCGCACGGAAGAGUGCUUCAAAUCGAAAGGCGAGCGGACUUACAAGGUGAAGACAACGACGUAUCGCUUCACUCCUUCCACCCUUCACCGACUGCAGGAUGUGGUGGGCGAUGGUGGUUCGGUAGGUGGAAUAAGCAUGGCCAGUUCUGCCGGUACGGCACCGCUGGAACAGCAGCCGUCGGCGAGCGGAAGACGUUCGCACGCGGCGGUCAGCACGGCGGGUGGUGUCGAUCAGCCGCUGGUGUCCGGCGCGGGUCGCAAUUUCAGUCGGUUCAAUUUUAACUUGAAUCUACAGUAUUCCGCGAGCUCCUCGUACAACAACGCUGUAGCGGCGGCAGUGUCUACUGUCCAUAAUGGUGGCUCUCCGAAUGCGGCGCAUCGUACGCGUACGGAAAGAUCCAACGCUUCGAGCGAUCGCCCAUCAUUACCCCGGGUGUUAAGCGUUAGCCAAACGGUUCGAGUGAUAAGAUCCGGCGCAGGACACCAACAGCUACCGACGACACCACCACCACCACCACUGCCCAUAAACGCGUCCGAUGCCAAUGGUGCCGUGUUCGGUACGGAACCGAGCCUAGAGCAGCAGGCAAACGGAUCAUCGCUGGCAUCGCUCCCACCGGCGGCACAGCGUCUGUACGCCAUCAUGAACUACAUAUCGCUCAACAACAGUCGUCAGCCGGCGGGAGCUGCUGACACUCGAUCGACCAUGACACCGGCCGCGACGCCACCGGCACCGCUCGCCGAGAACGAUCCGGGCGCCGGGCUCGACUUUAACGGCGUCAUCACACCGGACAUAGCGGACAAAAUUGUGGCCUACUUGAUCGUGCACUUGCGCAGCCUCGAUUGGGUCGCGAACGUGUUCCGCUCGAUCGAUGGUGGUGCCGGCAACGAUCCCGAGCUGCGCGUGAACAAUCUGCUCGAGCUGUUGCGUCAGCUCGGUGUGCGGAUGGAGGCCUGCCACGGACAGAUAGUGAUCCGUGCCGUGCAGACACGCGAUCGGCUGCAGUUCCUUAGUUUGCUGCUGCGUAUCGCUGGCUACAAUGAUAAGUACUUUCACCAGCGGUCCGCUUAGCAACCGCAGUAGCAGCAUUAGACGUAGUAGGCCAGCUUCAACAAUCGUGGGAGCAUCGGCUCUUUUCUCCCUCACGAGUCGGCGGCAGCGGCGAUGACGGCCCCAUCGUCUCACAUUCGUCUGCGCACUGAGGGGGGGAUUUUUUUUCUCUUUUUUAUUUUAUUAUUGGUAUAGGAAUCAUUUAAUCACACAAACGAUACUAGAUAAGCGAAGGGAGGGAAUGCUUCUUAGUAGCAACAGCAGGCUGGUAGCUAGGGAAAACCUGUCGAUAAGCGAUUUCCCGUCACAUCUCACGCAUACAUACGUUCUUUUCUUGACUGACUGACUAAACGAAACGCUCGUUAGCUCAUUAUAGGAGGUUUCCUUUCAUAGCGCUCUGGUGGUUCGAUGCGUACCACUGCCUGGGUGCGCCACUCUCUUUUGGGGUUAAACUCAGAUGAUUUUGUUUGAGGAAAACAGCGACUGUCCGGUUUUAUUGUGGGUGAGCUGAUCGGUCGCCGUUACUGUCGUUACGAUUGGCGGCCGGUUAGAUUGAUUGCUUUGCGAUUCAUUAAAAAUAAUCAAAUAUAUAUUUUAUUUUAUUGUGAAAACAGAGAAACAGCGAAAUGGAAGAAAAAUAAUCAUGCUUUAUGCACAUC